AUGACUCCCAACACAGAUGUCCUGCGGGAUCAAACAUUCGAUGCCCUUCUCUUCAACCUCGAAUCCUUCAAAGAUCAUCCAGAGCUCUCGGAAGUGGUCAAGGCGUACCUUGAAGGUGACUACAAAACCAUACUUCGGAAUCCUACCUCGCAAACCCUGUAUGGGAAGCUCGUUGAAACGGUAUCGCUCUUGAGACAAGAUCAAGAUGCGAGUUUUCAAGACGCUGGAUUUCGCGAUGACGUUGGCGCUGUACAGGUCUUAAUCGUAGGUCUUGCGGCUUUCAACGCUUUCUUGCAAGCAAAUGUCACGGGACCGCCGACGGAUUGGGGUAAUGUGUUUCCAAAGAAAGACAACGAGGCGGCGUGUAGGGAGCAGUGUCUGAAGAGCUUGGAUGUCGAUGGCGUCUCUGUGUAUCAGCAUAUCCCUUACGUAGAGCUCUUCUGCCUUGCGCGCCUCAUUUUCACUGUUUUCUUUCCACGGAUCAUCGGUGGCGAGUUCAGGGACUGCAAGUGGAUGCGCGUUAGGAUUAAUGCUUAUCACCAACGUCUUCUGUCUGGAUUAUCUGGUGGGAGCAUGAGCGAUUUCUCGGUGCUGCAGAAUGUUAUCGAAAAGGAUUUGAAGGAGUUGGAAGGGGAGAUUCUUGGUGAGAAGUCGUCGUUGGGGACGGAAGCGAAAGUACAGUUUUUGCUGGAGAAGGCGCAGAUUUAUAUCAUGCAGGGAUUGGAUAUUAAGGCCAGGGAGAAUGUGAGGAUGGCGAAGGCGGUGUCGGGUUUUAGUUAUGCGCUGUCCGGGGCGUUGGGGAAGAAGACCAAGUUUCAGCAGAAUGAUACCUCGCAGCUGGUUGUGUUUGCCAGAAGUAGGGAGUCGGAGGAGGCCACUUCAGAUGAGCUGGUAGGGAGUUUAAAGGAUACGACUCUCUCUAGUGGUGUAAAGAGAAGCGGCCCCACAGCAUUGGAACUCAACGACGACACACUCCUCGAGUCCAUCGAAUUCGCAAAAUCAGACAAAAUCGACAACUCAGCUCUCCCCCCAGAACUCGCAGACCUAAAACCAGACUCCCAACCCCAACUCAAGCCCCUAGACCAGAUUACACUGCUCACAGAAGCUACCCUCAAAGACACCUUGUCACCCCUCGACAAGCUAAACAGCGAAGAGAUCCUCCCCUACGCUGUCCGCGUCCUGUCAGACAAACCCACGAACUGGCAAAUUUACACCCAAGCCCUGCUCGUGCGAUCUCGAAUCGAAGCCCACCGCUCUCGAACACAAGAGCGUUCUGUCUUACAACUUCAAGUCAUCGUCGACCAGAUCAUCGCCGACACGCAAGAAGAAUCACUUCCUGGAGCUGACGGUGUUCCCGAGAUAAGAGUCACGCAAUUCCUGCCCCGAGCAAAGGAAUCCGAGUCCGCUCCCGUCAGUGAACGGUUGAAGUAUAUCUUCCAACUGAACACGCCAACGAGAUGGGAGAUCGAGACCGAGUUAGCUUACGCCUGGAGCGGAGUAGGCAGUUUCGUGUCUGCGCUCGAGAUCUUCAAGCGGCUGAAGCUGUGGGCUGAGGUUGCUUUAUGCUACCACUCCAUUGGACAAGAAGAUAAAGCUCGGCAAAUCAUCCGACGCCAGCUCUAUUCCUCCUCCAAGGGUCCGGAGAUGGAUCAGUAUGGUAUCGACGCAGAAGAAGUCGUAAACGAGAAAUGGGACGGCGAACUCAGACCCACGCCUCCUCAUGCACCGCGCCUGUGGUGUAUCCUUGGCGAUCUGGACAACGACCCCACAUGCUGGGACCGCGCAUGGAUAAUCUCGAAAAAGAGAUAUGCGCGUGCGCAGCGCUCGUUGGGUGAGUUCUGGACCAAGGAAGGCGAUUUGGAGAAAGCGAGGGAGAGCUACUUAGCUGCCACCAUUGUCAACAGGCAGAAUAACGACACCUGGUCUCGAAUGGGUGACAUCGAUUUGAGGGUAGGUAAUUGGGACGGUGCUGUUAUUGCUUUUCAGCAGAGUAUUAUGAUCGAUGAUACGGACGCCAAAACAUAUUCAAACCUUGGAUCUGCGUUGUUGUCCAAACACGCUGAGAUGAUGAAGUUACAAAAGGCGCAGGCGAAAGGCGUUCUCGUUCCUCAGGACGAGGGCGAUGAGGGAGAGGUGGACUUUUCAAAGGACAAAAAAGAGGAUCCAAAGGCAAUCCUCCACCAAGCACUCAAAGCAUACAAACGCGCCGCCUCCCUCGCUCACGACAACUGGAAGAUCUGGGACAACGUCAUCACCAUCGCCGGCCGUCUCUCUCCCCCCUCAUUCCCCGAUCUCCUCCUCGGUCUCCGUUCCGUCAUUCGAAUCCGCGGACCGAGUGUAGGUGAAGCGGCUGUAGAUGCUGACAUCCUCCGCGCUCUCGUGCUAGAAGUCACCUCCUCCGAACGGCCCGAAAACAACAACCUUGCGGAAAGUCCAGAGAACAAUGAUGGCAUCUACAUCCCGCCCCGCGGCAGCCUGGCUCGCGCUCUUCUUUCAAUGGUAGACUCCGAAAUCAUACCUCUCAUCACCAAACGCGCGGAACUCUGGGUGUUAGCAGAGAAGUUAAGUCUUUAUGAAAGAGAUUAUUCGAAUGCGUUGAAGUGCGCAGAGAGAGCGUGGCGCAUGGUGACGGUUGGCGAGGAGUGGAUGUUGGAUGCAGAGGCGUGGAAGGGCGUUGUGGGCGCGACGGACAAUUUGGUGAGUGCGUAUGAGAAUUAUGGGCCGAUGGAGGUGGAUGGGAAGGAGGUGGAGAGGGGGUGGAGGAGUAAGGCGAGGUCCGCGGUGAAGGGUGUUAUGGGAAGGGGACGGGAUGCGUGGGAGGGGAGUGAGGGGUGGGAGGUGCUGGAGGGACUGUUGGAAGAGUUGAAGAGUUGA